UUCAUUUACAAUCCUUGUGCAUGUACGUAUCCCCGCUAAGCCCGUAGUGAUUUAUGAGAAAACCCGCGCUGCUGUUGUUGCAUUCACCAGCAUCGUUGAAUUGGUUUUCCGGAACCUUUGUUUCCGCCAGAGGAGUUCGCCCUGAGCGUGUCGCUCCUAGAUAUCCAAUCUGGACCAAGUCUCUGCAUCGACACGGCAUGUCUAGCUAUAGCGGCGGUGAUCGAGGAGGCCGGGGACGAGGCGGUGGAGGUCGUGGUGCCUACUAUAAGAAUAAAUACGGCGGUGGCGGACGAAACAGUGGCGACGCUCGCGAUCGAGGUCCUCUGGGUGGAAACGGUAACCUGGGAGACAAUCACCGCGCACGGACUAGUACCAACGGUGGAACCUUCCAAGAUUUAAAGCAACUGUUACAACACAUCGACGGUCGUCAGUAUCCCGCCUAUCAUGAUUUAGAAACUGCUCCAAAUACGGGAUGGGUUCAUCCCGAGGGAUUUGUCUUACAAGUCGGACGUGCUCAGGCAGAUCCGUUCGCCCCGCCUACCCGGUGUCGCGUCACCCUUCCACCUUCCGUCUCGCGCAUUUCAAACUCUUUCUAUACAAACGCUACGCGGCGCAUGGCGACUGGUGAUUUCUUGCUGCGGCGCUUGUAUGGCAACUGCAAACGUGUGGGAGCCGAUCAUAGCUUGCGUAGCAGUAGUGGUGGUAAGGGUGGAUGGAGUGGACCCAAAGGAGGCGACGUGCAAGUGCUGGAGCCUACACAGAAUGUUAUCGAGCAGUCAGCGGUUCAAGUUGACGAACAAGGUAACAUUCUAUGCCAAAUUACCAUCAAUCUUCCCGCAAAGGGGAGAUCAAUUAUGGGUCACGCCGCACACGAAAUCAUGGACGCUGUGCUACCGCAACUGAUCAGUGAUAGUCUGAUGUUCACCUCGAUGAACUUGGACAGUAUACGCACGCACAUCGAGUCGGUAGAGGAUCAAGCCUGGCUGCAACAACAGCUGGAUACUGCCGGACUGGUAUCUUUCGUGCGGAACGGGGCAAUUCUGCCCCGUGUCUCCGGAGUUGAAGAUCGCCCCAUGGCGGGAUCGGUCGUUGCCUUUAAGUCUCCUCCGUCGCUGCAAAAGGAGUUUACCCUCCCCAUCAGCGGCGUGGUAGUCCAGGGCAUGGGAAUUCGCAAGGGUGUUACCCUGAUCUGCGGUGGUGGCUUUCACGGCAAAUCACCCUCUUACAAGCCAUACAAAGCGGACCAAGCGGUCAAAAUUCGUGCGGAAGAUGGCCGUGCUGUCCAAGCGGUCGAUAUUUCUCCGUUCAUCAACAAUCUGCCGUUUGGUAAAGGUACAUCUUGCUUUACCACGUCGGAUGCGAGCGGAAGCACAAGCCAGGCAACAAAUAUUGUGGAGUCAAUCGAACUAGGUGCAGACACCCUUCUAGUAGACGAAGAUACGUGUGCAACGAACUUCAUGGUUCGAGACAAUAAAAUGAUGGAGCUUGUUGCUUCCGACAAAGAACCAAUCACACCGUUUGUGCGUGUUAUCAGAUCCUUGUAUGAGUCACAGGGGGUUUCUUCGGUUCUAGUUAUUGGUGGACUUGGCGAUUAUUUCGACGUAGCUGACCAUGUGCUACUAAUGGAUUCGUAUGGAUGCCAGGAUGUCACAGCACAUGCGAAAGAGAUUGUUGCUCGAAGCGGAUCAGAUUCUGCUAAACUGCAGAACCCCGGCAAGGGGGGUUAUAUCGUACGGCGACGUUGA